AUGACCAUGUUCAUACCACUUACACACGAAGUUGAGGUUGAAGUUGGCCAAAUAUUGAACGAUCCGUUCAAGUCUGUUCCUGGGCACCCGAAAGGAUGGUCCGUCUUCCAUCCUUCGAAAGUCCAUCCGGAACUUGAACGCGUCUUUGAGGCCACCCAGGUUCAGAAGGAUAUUUGCCAGGAGCAGAUCCAAUGGGCCACUGCGGAACUCCCUCUGUCGAAUCCCCUUCCAAGCUUUCAGACCAUCGUAAAUUCAUGGAACGCUUUGGCAUCAUAUCACGCUUGCCUCCGAUCAAGCCUUUCCACGGACUCACAAACUGGCCACACUUUUGUCCGUGUUCUACGACGCAUCGAACACAUUGCACCGGCUACCUGGCCUACGAAGAUUUCGGAUGAAAGACUUGCUCAUCUUAUUUGGGAGUGCACGGAUCAAGGCGACUUCAAACUUCACCUUAACUUUCGCAAAGCUCUUCUCGAUGCGAAGUCACUCGAAAUCAUCAAAACAGACUUUUUUCUUCUUCUCGCUGGCCUUCCUCCAUUAGAGAGGUUGGGAUUCACAUCCUACGUGAAUUAUCUCAAAAAGACUAAGAAUGAGAGCAAAUCAAAAGCAUUUUGGGCAGAAUCUUUUGCUAGGACCGUUCCUUCGUCUUCGUCCAGUGCAUUGCUCUUUUCUGCCUCUCCCAAAAGCAAUCGCCGUCGGUCUUUAACCGUUCAACUCGAUGCAUCGAGGUGGCAGAAUCCGGAAGACCCUAUCCUGCAAGGAACUCAAACAUACUCUUCCCGUAGGGCUCUCUUCGAGCUCACUUGGGCACUUGUAGUCAGUGAGCAUACCGAUACGCAAGAUGUUAUUUUUGGCACAGUCGGUCGUGAUAACGGCUUCCUUGGCGUCGAUUCGACAGUAGGGUGCCUGGAUCACACAUAUCUUGUCAGAGUCAAUGUGUCUCAAGACUCUAUUGUGGGCCAUCUGGCCGGGGUUAUUGACGAAUAUCAUACUGUCGCAGAAGGUCAUGCGUUUGUUGGCUUGAACGAAAUUCUACGACAGCUGUCAUCGCGCAAAACAGUUGAGUCUGUUCUCAACUACACCCAGGGAUCUUCUUUUCAAUGCCUUGCACCAGGAUUAGAAAAGUUCCCCAUCGUGCUGACAGUAUGCGACUCGGACCAUCCUUCAAUGACCUUGACAUACCUCGAAAGUAUUCCUCAUCGCGAUGCUGAGAUUAUCAUGGAUCAAGUUGUGACUGGACUUCAUGAUGUUUUCAAUAACAUUGACUCGGCGCAUCGUACGCUUGGAGACGUCAACCUUGUAUCGGAGAGAGAACGAUCCAGUCUUCUUAGUGGAGCUUUCGUACCACCGCAGAUUCAUCCUCCAACUCUAUCCAGUCUCAUUGAAAAGUCCCUCUCUCUUUACCCUUCUCGUAUCGCCGUCACUUUCGAAGACAAGGGGUCCAUCACAUACAAAGAGCUCAACGGUCUUGCAAAUGGUCUAGCCAGAGCCCUACAAUUGCCCAGGGGUGGGGUUGUGCCUCUUCUAAUGGAACGCUCAGUUAACUUGGUUGUUACAAUCCUGGCUCUUUUGAAGUCAGGUGUUGCAUAUACCAUCCUAAAUCCCGAUAUUCCAGCUGAGAGAAAUGCGCAAGUCAUAAAAGAGUGCUCGCCUAUCGUCAUCCUGGCGGACAGGAAAUAUUCUCAUAUGAUCCCGUCGGCAAGCAGUAUCGAGGAUCUUCUCACUGACAGCGCCACCCUGUUUACGCAAGACAAUGACUGGAAUUUGGGAAAUAAGCCUGAGCCGGACGACGUGAGCUACAUUAUUUAUACUUCUGGUUCAACCGGCAAGCCGAAAGGUACCCUGAUCACCAACCGGGCUGCGGCAAAUGGAAUCAUGCAGCACCAGACUCUUGAGGAUACGACCAAAAUUCUUCUUUUCUAUAGCCCAACAGCUUCUGCGGCGCAAAGAACCUUUAUUUCCACAUUGGUUCAUGGAGGGACAAUUCUUUUAGCAAGCAAAGAGUCGCUGGCUGCCAACCUUGCCGGUGUGAUCAACAAGUACCACGCGGAUUUCAUGGAGAUUACGCCAACCGCGCUUUCACUGCUCCGUCCAUCCGAUAUACCAAAUAUCAAGCAGAUCACGGUCGCCGGCGAGAACAUUCCGCAAGCUCUGGUGGACACAUGGGCGGCCAACAAAGACCUCACCGUUCGCAACAGGUAUGGUUCUAGCGAAUGCACCCAAAUGAGUCUUGGUCGCCGCCUGAGGCCUGGAGACAACCCCAGAUUACUGGGCGCUUCUGCUGAUACAACUAUUACCUAUAUACUACGCGUUGGUUCCAACGAGCUCGUUCCUACAGGCGUGGCAGGCGAACUUUGCCUCUCCGGCCCACAACUCGCUUCAGGCUACCUCCACGAGCCCGAACUCACCCGCAGGGUUUUCGUCCCCAAUCCAUUUGGGGAGGGGAAGUUGUAUCGAACAGGCGACAGAGCCCGAAAAUUUGCCGACGGUUCAAUUGAGAUCAUCAGCCGUAUCGACUGGCAAGUCAAGAUCAAUGGCAACAAAGUCGAGCCAGCCGACGUCGAUCACGCUAUUGUUCAACACAAGAGCGUCGCGACUUGCGCUACAUUCGCAGACAAGGUAGGGGGUUAUCUUUCUCUUAUUACUGCGGUGGUGCCAGCAGAUGAGCAACAACCCUGGAGCAAGCUUCUCCCCAUUCUAAGAAAGCAUGCUCUCGACUCACUGCCCUCUUACAUGGUACCGAGCUUCUGGAUGCCCCUCCCAGAACUUCCAAGGAGCGUUAACGGUAAAGUCGACCUGAAAAAGCUUCGGAGCCAAUCAAGUGAGCUUGGAGUGGAGGGCUUUGCGGCUCUCGCCAUGUCAAAGGACGAUCAAGAAGAGGCCAUAACCGACGACUUGGAACUAAAGAUCGCCACCGUUUGGGCGUCUGUAAUUGGCAUCCAAACGCACAUCAUCAAGCGCCAUCACUCAUUCCUCGCCCUCGGAGGAAACUCUCUUCAAGCAAUCAAAACAAUAUCUAAUCUCCGUAGGGAAGGUGUUGUCGUCGGGUUCAGCACUCUUCUAACCGAUAAGUCAUUGCAGCAUGUGGCUGAAAUAGCCCGCAAUCGAGAUUAUGAUGCUGCAGUCCAAACUGAGCCGUUUUCCUUGAUCAAGAAUGUUGAGUUUCUAGAUCGUCUCAAGGGCCAGAUGGAAGCAGCAGAUGCGUAUCCAGCAACUCCACUUCAAGCGGGACUUCUCCCCACGCUAAACGAAGAAGGCGACCCCUACAUAUACCGGCGCACAUGGGAUGUCCACGGCUUAGACUUCAUCAAGCUUAAGGCGAGCUUUGAGCGGAUUUUUCACUCCAAUGACAUUCUGAGAACGGGAUUUGUGUUACACGAUCGCUCGUUUAUUCAGGUUGUUCGAUCGGAUCUCAGCCUUCCUUGGAGCGAAGCCAACUCCUCACUUGAAGAGUACAUCCAGGCGGAUACAAAAGUUGACCUGCCCCUUGAAGGUCCCCUCUUCCGCAUUGGACUUGUGGACGCAAAAUGGCUGGUCGUUACUAUGCAUCAUUCUUUGUGUGACUUCUGGUCCCAUGGCUUUUUAUAUGCAGAUGUUGCCGCAGCCUAUCUCGAUCAACCAGUACCAACUCGACCUAGGUUUGUUGAGUUUGUUCGCCAUGUCGUACAACAGGAUUCACCCACUGCCCGCAACUUUUGGUUGUCAUAUCUUCAAGGAGCAUCAAGAUCACGACUCAACUUCACACCAGUUGAGCAAACGGCUAGAAUUAGCAAAAACGUGAGUCUCAAUCUUCAUGCACGAGUCCAACCACUUGGUGUCACCACUGGAGCUGUUGUCUAUACUGCUUGGGCAAUUGUGCUCUCAGCCCACCAGAACUCACAAGACGUCACAUUUGCUACCACUCUGUCCGGCAGAGAGUUGCCCAUCCUUGACGUGGAAAACAUUGACGGACCAACCGUCACCACUGUACCCCAGAGAUUCAAGAUUGGUUCCCAACAGUCACUCAUCAAUCUUGUAAGGGACGUUUGCAUGUCUGGGUUUGUAGGAGUGACUCAACAUGCCCAGAUAGGUAUGCAGGGGGCUCUCCGGGCUGCCAAUUUGCCUUCUGAUCAUUUCGACACUUUGGUCAAUCUUCUAGCCAAAGAAGAUGAGGGAGAAACUGCUCGGAAAGUAUUCAAACCUUACGGAUCGCGGCCAAUUUGGGACACACCGUACACUAUGCUUGAAAUUGUCCCUAACGAAUCAGACACUACUAUACGCAUGUCGGGCAACAUAGAGUCAUUGAGACUCCAGUUUCUCUGUGACUCCUUCAUCAAAGUCGUCGGCGCUAUUCUUGAAACCCCGGAGCAACAUGCACUAAGCAUAGAUGUGAUGGGGGAUGCGGAGCGGACAUACUUGAACAACACGUUGUCUAACCGAGACACUCUGCGUACGCCUUCCGCUCGACUUCUCCAUUCAGAGUUCGAAAAGCGCACGUCGAUGAACCCCACACACACGGCCAUUGAAUGGGAUGGUAUCGAGCAGGUCUCAUACGCCAGUCUGAACAAGCGCUCAAACCACUUGGCGAAUUUGCUGAUCAGACGGGGUCUGCAGCCCGGCGACCGCAUUGCGCUGAUGCUUGACAAGUCUGUCGAGGCUGUUGUUUGUAUCAUUGGAUCUCUCAAGGCUGGUCUGACGUACGUUCCCUUGAGUCCAGAAAACCCAGUCGAGCGUAACGCCUUUAUUUGUCGAGAGACGUUGUCUCGACUUCUUAUCCUCCACAAAAACGACGAGAGCUUUUCUUCCCAGGCACCUGAUUUGGAAACAAUGGUCGUCGAGGAUAUACCGACCUUAGAGGACGAAGAAACACCAGUAGUUGCUGUCAAUGGCGAUAAUCACGCGUACAUCAUUUACACUUCUGGAAGCACAGGACAGCCGAAAGGAAUCAAAGUGCCCCAUCGAGCCGCAGCAGCAGCUAUUGAGAGCGGUUCCCGCGUGGAAGGACGGUUUGAUGGCGAAUGGCGCGCUCUGCAAAUGGCCAACUAUGUGUUUGACGUCUCGGUGCUGGACAUCUUCAAUACACUGAGCACAGGUGGCACGCUUUGCAUGGCGCCAAUGGAAAAGCUCCUGUCUGACAUGGCAGGUUGCAUGAAUCGCAUGCGUGUGCGUCAAGCGGUCCUAACCCCCACUGUUGCAAGUCUCGUGCAACCGAGCGACGUCCCUCAUCUGGAUACACUGAUCCUCGCCGGUGAGCAAGUACCAAAAACCGUUGUAGACACUUGGAGGCCCGUCUGCAGGGUGCUGAACUCUUACGGGCCGACUGAAACGUCAAUGAUUGUUUUCUCCAAGGAAAUCCAGCUUGACGGAGGCCCUGCGGCAAACAUUGGACGCCCUUACCCCACCGUGAUGGCUUUUGUCGUCGAUCCUGACGGUGAUACCCUUCGUCCGUACGGGGCAGUUGGAGAGCUCUGCAUAGCGGGCCCUCAGCUUGCGGAUGGUUACCUUGACCGAGACGAUCUCACGGCAGCAGCCUUUGUUCAGAGCGAGACGCUUGGCUUGCGCAUAUACCGCACCGGCGAUCUAGCUCGCUGGUUACCCGGCGGUGACCUUGAAUGCCUGGGACGCAAAGACAGCCAGAUCAAGAUUCAUGGAUUCCGUGUCGAGCUUGGGGAGGUUGAAUCCGCCAUCAGACAGUCAGGGCUUGUGACGGAUGCCGUCGUUAUGCUUGCGAAUGUCCACGAGAAGCCCCAGCUGGUUGCUGUUUGCAUAUUCAAACCCUCAUCUGAAAGCGCCAAAGACGCUACGUUACAAACGUCCGAACCGUCAAUCCCGUCAAUUCAGCCCGCAGAAAAGCACCGAAGCAACUUUUUAGCGCUUCAAACUCGACUGAAUUCUCUGGCUCACUACAUGAUACCCAAGGUUGUGAUCCCCAUGAAUGAUCUUCCAAUCCUCCCAUCUCACAAAGCCGACCGCAAAGCGCUCAUAAAAAUGAUUGAGAGCUUGGAUGUUCUAGAACUCUCUGCCUAUGUUCUCGAGACCGCUGGUCAAGACAUUGAGAUUGUACCCGCGGAGACGCCUUUGGAAAAAGCUCUCGAAGUCAUGUGGGCGGAGGUUCUUAACAUUUCUACCACGAAAAUUGGACGAGAGGCCAAUUUUCUGUCUUUGGGAGGCGACUCUAUCGCCGCCAUCAGCUUGGCAAGUAUGGCUCGUCAGGCCGGCUAUUCCCUUGGCGUAGCCACCAUUCUGAAAGUUCCGAAACUCAAAGAACUCGCCAUGAAGAUAACUAUUGUUGAGAAAAGCGAAUUGCCUACAAAGCCUAUAUUCGAGGUGUCGCAGAAGGUACGAGAUAGUAUCGCGGCUACAGGGUUGGUCUGGGAAGAGGAUGUCGACUAUGUCUACCCUUGUCCUCCAGGCCAAGUGGAAUUUCUUAACCAGGGAGGUCGAGAAGAUCAGCUUUGGGUGUUGCACACGGUCAGAAGAAUGCCAAGUGGGGUUGACUGGGAGCGUUGGGUCGAGUCUACAACCGAACUUACCAAAGUGGAAGACAUCCUUCGGACUUCGUGGAUGAAGCUCUCCGAGACCGAGUGGAUAGGGAUGGUACUUCGCAGUCCCCAGCUCGAUCUGACAUGUGUUCGGUGCCAGAACGAACAAGAGGCGGCUUCUGUCAUUGAGGCGACUUGGAAUGAAAGAUUCGUCUUCGGAAAGCCAUUCAUACGGUACACGAUCAUCACCUACCCCGAUAACUCGUGGGAUCUUGUUACCAAACUUGAUCAUGCUGUUUACGAUGGCACGCUGCUUCGCAUUUUCGACGAUCAUUACGGUUCCAUCUUGCGAAAACAGCCAAUCCCAAGACACACCACUUUCAAGGACUUUGCUUUCUACAUUUUCGAAUCAGACAAGUCAAGGUCUCUCGAUUACUGGACCAAAAGGCUUGACGGAUGGGAUGCAGCCGUGAGUCUUCAUCAAGCGUCUUGGGCGAAGGCCCCAAGUCCCUGCACCGACAGCAUCAUCAGGCGACCUCUUUCAACGGCUGGCGUCGACCAGGCUGCUAAUUCUUUGGGAGUCACACCAUCCAUUCUAUUCCAAGGAUCAUUCCAACUUUGGCUUGCGGGAGCUACAGCUUCUUCUGAUGUCGGGUUCGACUACCUGCUUACAGGCCGAAACGUUGACCUCCCUGAGCCACAGACUAUCAACGGCACUGUUGCAAACUUCCUUCCGGUGCGCGCAACAGUUGAUCCGGAAGAGCACCUUGCCUCCUUUUUGGGCCGCACACAAGACGACUUCUGGGCUAUGACUGAUCAUGGUGACGUUGGGCUAGACCAGAUAUUCCAAGCUUCGGGGUUGAACCGACAAGAGGUCGGCAACCGUGCCCUCUUCAUAUAUCAGCCGUUUGAGCCUGCGCCAAAGGAUGAUCCCAAUGCCGACUUCAGAUGGCUUGUUAUGGCAAAGUGCAAGGUACGUAUGCCGACGCCAUAUGUUUUGGCGGUGGAAGUACACAAAGCGGCUGGCAAGACGCACAGUCUUAAGAUUUCGUACGACGCGACUGUUAUGGGAGUCAAGGCAGCUGAGAAAGCGGCAGAUGAGAUUGUGGACAUUAUUCACAGAAUGAUCAAUCUCAAGGGUGACAUGUUAGACAAAAGGAUCAAGGACGUCCAGAUGGAGGCUUAG